CCACUGCUGGGGCUGGCCGGCAUGUGCCUUGGAGCCUCCAAGGAGAUGGAACUGCACUCAACCAGGAUGGGAGGUUGCCCGGUCAAUGAAGCUGCCGCCCACUGUGCUGCGGAGGCUUUGCUGUUUGACUCCCUGGCGACACUAAAGUUGAAGAGCUUCCGGCCGGAGGCAAUUAGAUAGAACACCCGGAAGGCGGAAGUUCUGGGACGGAAGUGGCGGAGAGCUGAGGAGAAUGGCGGCGGAAGGCUGGUUUUGGCUUUGGGGCUGGGGCCGGCGGUGCCUGGGAAGGCCUGGGCUUCCCGGCCCCGGCCCUGGCCCCACUACACCUCUCUUUCUUCUUUUGUUGCUGGGGUCUGUAGCUGCGGAUAUAACUGACGGCAACAGUGAACAUCUAAAGCGGGAGCAUUCGCUCAUUAAGCCUUACCAAGGGGUCGGUUCCAGCUCUAUGCCCCUCUGGGACUUCCAGGGCAGCACUAUGCUCACGAGCCAGUACGUACGUCUGACCCCUGACGAGCGCAGCAAAGAGGGCUCUAUCUGGAACCACCAGCCUUGCUUCCUCAAGGACUGGGAGAUGCACGUGCACUUCAAGGUCCACGGCACAGGGAAGAAGAAUCUCCAUGGAGACGGCAUUGCCUUGUGGUACACCCGGGACCGCCUCGUGCCAGGGCCUGUGUUUGGAAGCAAAGAUAACUUCCAUGGCUUAGCCAUCUUCCUGGACACCUACCCUAAUGAUGAGACCACUGAGCGCGUGUUCCCGUACAUCUCGGUGAUGGUGAACAAUGGCUCCCUGUCCUACGACCACAGCAAGGAUGGGCGCUGGACUGAGCUUGCGGGCUGCACGGCUGACUUCCGCAACCGCGAUCACGACACCUUCCUGGCUGUGCGCUACUCCCGGGGCCGUCUGACGGUGAUGACCGACCUGGAGGACAAGAAUGAGUGGAAGAACUGCAUUGAUAUCACAGGAGUGCGCCUGCCCACCGGUUACUACUUCGGGGCCUCUGCCGGCACCGGCGACCUGUCUGACAAUCAUGACAUCAUCUCCAUGAAGCUGUUCCAGCUGAUGGUGGAGCACACGCCUGAUGAGGAAAACAUCGACUGGACCAAGAUUGAGCCCAGCGUCAAUUUCCUGAAGUCACCCAAAGACAACGUGGAUGAUCCCACGGGGAACUUCCGCAGCGGGCCCCUCACGGGGUGGCGGGUGUUCCUGCUGCUGCUGUGCGCACUCCUGGGCAUCGUCGUCUGUGCCGUGGUGGGGGCCGUGGUGUUCCAGAAGCGGCAGGAGCGGAACAAGCGCUUCUACUGAGUGGCACCACCAGUGGGGCCUACACGUAGGCCCAGGAACCAAUGUGAACUUUUUUUUUACUGGGAUUAUAAAAGAACAACAAGAUGACCUUAUUUCUUAACUCUUUCAAAUAAAUGAUUAAAGUAUUUUCAUACAUUUUGCUUCUUGCGCAGCAGGGACAGGAGGCAGGGCCAGGGCCCAGGGUCUGGCACCCCCACAGCUGGAGAUGGAGGCUUUCCUGGGGCUGGCGUCUCAGGAGCAGGGGGUCUGUGCCUAAAGCUGGGCUGCAGCCCCUGCAGGCAGCUGUUGAACACUGGAGGGUCCCCUGGACCACACUGGGGUGGGCCCCUGAGGACAUGGGGAAGUGAUUUUGUUUUGUGGUGUGUGGCACGUGUGGUGGCGGACGAGGCCCAGGCUGGGAAACCCAGGCCUUCCUGUUCACCUCAAGCUGCUUCCUGAGGCAGAUGCUCAAGCGAGGCUGCAGGGGUGGUGUAGUGGGGCCGAGCGUGACCGUUUCCUAACUAAAGUGAAAUACCCAACC